GGAGGAGCGUCGUGUGUUAUAAAUGGAUGCCGUUCGCGGACGCGGAGGUGGAGGCGGGGACCUGGGCUGUGGAGUUUUGUAAGAUAUGAUGUUUGCAGUGGUCGGUAUAUAGCACUGGCAGAGGAAACUGGAGACUUGGUUUCUAAUCCCUGCUCUAUCACUAACGAGCUGUGUGAAGCUUAAGUGAAAAUGACACAUGUAAGAAGAUAUGAAACAAGAAGAAAUUCUAAAACUCAAGUGCCUGAGCAAAAAUCUCGACUUGAUUGGCGAAGGACUAAAAGAAGUAAUGUAUCACUGUUACUUGAUAGUGAUGAAGAUCUUGAUAGUGAUGAAGAGCUUGGUAGUGAUGAAGAGAUUGAUAGUGAUGAAAGUAUUGAUAAUGAUGAAGAGCUUGGUAGUAACAAGGGGCUUGAUGGUAACAAAGCAUUAGAAAGUGCGCCUCAAUUAGUUAAAAAUGAAAGAAACGACAGUGAACAUCUCACUAACCCUGGCAACUGUUCAACAUAUGAAGAAAUGAACAGAACUGAACAAAGGAGUAUUGACUUAAUAGAUCAUGAAAAGCAUCCAAAUCAAGAAGGAGAUGUUCUCAACAAACACACUGGACAAAUAAUAGAGGAUGAUUUAGAAGAAGAACAAAUCAAACGAGGGAAAAGAAAAAGGAUAUUUUCUGUGAUGGAUGACAGUGAUGACAGUGAAGAUAGUGAUAUCCUAGUUAGAAAAGUAGAUGUUAAACGCCCACCUAGAAUAGUUGAAGAUGAAUGUUCUUCAGGAGAAAUGGAGCAAGAAAACCCUGAAAAAAGAUCAGCUGCUCAAAAACGAGAACAAUUUCAGAAGUUGAAAGAACUCUCAAAACGAAGAUCUCGACAGAGACGCAGUAGUGGUAGAGAUUUUGAGGACUCAGAAAAGGAAUCCUGCUCAAGCAGUGAUAAUGAUAAUGAUGAGGAAGACAAUUAUGAAUAUAAUGAAGAUGGAGAUGAUUACAUUCUAGAUGACUUUAUAGUGCAAGAUGAGGAGAGUGGGGACGAGAAUGAAAACCAGCCGAGAAAAAAAUUGACUACAUCACCACUGAAAUUAGUCGAACGGAACUCUCUUUAUUCUUUUAGUGACCCCUAUACUCACUUUGAAAGAGUUGUGAAGGCUCUUCUGAUCAAUGCUUUAGAUGAAUCUUUUCUGAAAACAUUGUAUGAUGGCACCAGGCAAAAAUCAUAUGCAAGAGAUAUGUUGACCUCCCUUCAUUAUUUGGAUAACCACUUUGUUCAGCCUCGUCUAGAGAAUUUAUAUUCUAGAAGUCGUUGGAAACAACAAUAUAAGGAGCGGGUAGAAAAUUAUUCCUUUGUCGAUAUCCUUGGAGAGAAUCCUGAAGAUCGUUUCUGUCAGGCUUGUGGAAUGCAUCGCUACUGUACAUUUUCAGUGCAUUUAUCAGGAAAGUUGUAUAACACCAGGACUAUGGAAACAGAUGAUUUCAUGUCAGAUGAUAAACAGGUGUUUACUGUUGGCAGAGUUUGUGCUAAUCGUACCACAGUUUAUCAUAAUCUGAAACAUUUUAAAUUCAAACUGUACCAGCAGUGUUGCUACACUGUAAACACUGAAGAAGUUGAGGAUGAACAGGUUAAAGAAACAGUGGAAAGAAUUUUCAGUCAGUUAAAAGAAAGUGGCUGGAUUAAGGAGAAAUAUAGUGAACUUGAAGAAUAUCUGAAUUCUGCAGAUAACUUUCAAGAUGAGAAGUUUGAAUUGUAAUACAUAUCCUUCCGAGAAGACUAUAAAUUGCUGUAAAUGUGAAGAUCAUGAAUCUUGUUUCUCUGUAUCAUGUAACAUAUUUGUAUAUUUUCUGUGUAUCUUCAUGGCAAAACAUCCUGUAUCAUUGAAAUUCUCAUUCUAAUAAUGCCUUUAUCUGAUUUAUAAAUAGAAAAAUAAGCUUAAUAAUUUUCAAGUCCAUAAAUGUAUUUUACAGUUGUAGAACAAUGUCUUUAUAAUAUAUCACUAUCAAGUGAAUGACCUAUUCAUGUUCUGUCAGUUUAGUUAUAACUGUAUUGUAUUUUAAAACAGUCUUAAAUUUGUUUAAAUUUAGGCAAACAUCUAUCUGUAUGUAUUGCUGAAGCCCUGCUCAGGUCUGUUUGUUGUCUUUUUGCACAGUUGGGUGUCUACCGUUAGACUACUCUCAUCUAAUGAAUGGGCCCUGAAAGAAGCUUCAGCAUGGCAUUCAUUCAGUCCCCUUGCCUCAGAAUCACAUUAUAGCUUAUCUGUUUCAAGAAAAGAGGUUUUUUUCUUCCUUUUCUUAAGUUUUACUGACAAACAUAUUUUAAGUCUUUAAGAAUCUUUUGGCCUCACAUUCCAGAAUAAUUUCUUUUUUUUUUUUUUGGGGGGGGGGGACAGGCAGAGUUAGAAAGAGAGAGAUAGAGAGAAAGGUCUUCCUUUUUCCGUUGGUUCACACCCCCCCCCCCCCCCACGUGGCCACUGCGGCUGGCACGUUGCGUCGAUCCAAAGCCAGGAGCCAGGAGCUUCCUCCUGGUCUCCCAUGUAGGUGCAGGGCCCAAGGACCUGGGCCAUCCUCCACUGCCUUCCCGGUCCACAGCAGAGAGCUGGAAUAGAAAAGGAGCAACCGGGACAGAAUCCGGCGCCCCAACCAGGACUAGAACCUGGUGUACCCACACUGCAGGUGGAGGGUUAGCUUAGUGAGCCGCGGUGCUGGCCACAGAAUAAUUUCAUGAUAUGUGUUUUUAUGCUUUAUAAAACUUUUUUUCCUGUUCAACUGGAGAAAAAAGAUAUUUUAUAUAUUUUUUAUCCAUAAUUUCUCUGGUGUAAGUAGAUCUAUAAAUUAGGGUAAGAGAUCUCAGAGAAUUUCAGUGAAAAGCACUUUAAAAGCAUAUAUUUUGUUAUCUGCAUUACUUUACACAUUUGAAUUUUCUUAUUUAAUAAAGUAAAACAGUUGCAUGUUUCUGUUCAGUAUCUUUAUUUCUAAAAAGUGAUAUUCCAGUAGAUUCUGCUCUAUAAUGACACUUUAGAUAGUUUUUUCUUAAUGGAAUUGUUAGAUGAACUUGGUUUCAUUUAGUGUGUGAUUCAUGGCAUGGACCUCAGUAUAUAUGUAUACAUAAGCAGCCACAUUUUAUUAAGUGUUUACACAGACAUUAGUUAACAUUUUCAUGCACUUCUCAGCCUUUUGGCUAAGUCAAGUGUAGUUAAUAUUUUCUCCAUUCAUUUCCUAAAAUUACGAUUAUUGUACACAAAGUAGUUAGAAAAGACAAAGUGGUGAAGGUGCUGAUGAGUGCCUGCCUUUUUCAAAAGUGAAACAGGGGGUGUAGUGGCACAGUGCAUUAAGCUGCUGCUUUGGAAAACCCGCAUCCUAUAUUGGAGUGCCUGGUUCUAGUCCCAGCUACUCCUCAUUUCUGAUCCAGAUUCCUGCUAAUGUGCCUGGGAGGCAGCAGAUGACCCAGUUAUUUGGGCUCCUACUACCUAUGUGGGAGACCUGGAUGGAGUUUCUAGCUCUUGGUCUGGCUGGUAUGGGCAUUGAGGAGUGAACCAGCAGAUGGAAGAUUUCUGUCCAUUCGUUUUUUUCUGUCUACCUUUCAAAUAAAUAAAUUUUUUAAAAGCAUGAAAUAGGAAUUUCAU